CAAUAAUUUCCUUCUGUCGGUUUCGUAUUAAACAUUUAAAUAGUACAUUGCUUGUAAAGAGAAUAAAUAGUUCAUUCUAUACAAAGACGCUAAUAUGGCUGGACUUAUCUCUUUGCUUCUGUUUUCAUAGCUUCUAGUGUGGUACAUUUUUCGGUGGCAACUGAAGAAAUGUGCUCAAAAUUUUCUUAUGAAAAAGAAAUUAUUACAAACAUGCUUAAAAUGGAACUCAAAGUUGAAAAAAUGGAACAAGAAGUCAAGAAAAGAAACGAAGAUAUUGUAACAAUGCUUGACGCUCAGAGGAAGGAAAUGGAGAAGUUUGCAAACGACUACAAAAAUCUUCGAGAUAUUCUUGUAGUUGUGAUGGAAAACAAAACAGCAGCAGUUAACUCUUUUCUGGAGGAUAAAGCGGUAAACGUGUUAGGCGACAAGAUAGCCGAAGUUGAUGAUGCAUUGAAAAUAAUGACCGGAAAGGUUGAUGGUGUAUUAAAGGCUGCUGAAACAGGACUGACAAAGCCAAUCGUUGCAUUUUCAGCGCAUGUAGGGCCGACGAAACUGCAUAUACCUCAAAACCAAAUCAUUGUCUUCAGUUUCAUAAUAACCAAUGUAGGAAACGGAUAUAAAAGUGCAUCUGGUAAAUUUGUUGCCCCUGUCGCCGGCUAUUAUUUAUUGUCUUGUAGUCUCAUAUCUUGGAAAGGCGAAGAGUUUUGGGCUAGUAUUUAUAUAAACAACUCCAAGAAAGCAUCUCUGAAUGAAAAGGGUGCAGAUUCAAGGCAUGGAAUGGCUAGUCAAACUAUCAUUGUCGAAUUGAAAGCAAAUGAUGUUGUUUCUGUUAAGACACCAAACAACAAUGCAAUUAAUAUUCACGGGCUCGGAUAUUCUACUUUUAGUGGAGUUUUAAUUCAUUAAUGUAGUACAUUCUGGCUUUUUCAAAUAUUCAGAUGAAUAGUUAAUCAAUCUUACGGAAAUAUUAUCUUUGCAACUAUAAGUGUAUCUUGUUUAACUCAAUCAUAUCAAUUGUGAGACUUCACAUACAACAUAUUUUAUUUUAACAAAUGUGAGGAAAAGUUUACAUUUGUGACAAAAACACAAGAAAUAUCUUUUUUCAUCUGUUUAAUGAUUUAGCAAUGCCAUUAAUGUAAAUGUCAUGUAUUUUUCUUUCUUUUGUUAAAAAUGUGCAAUCAAAAUGUUAUCAAAACAGAAUAUCAAUUUUACUCUGCUGUUUUAAUCAUUCUGUAACAAGUCAUUCUUAAAAUGGGCAUUUUUCUUGGCCAAAACAAAAAAUGUUCAAUGCCCUGAUGUCUUUGAAAAAUAAGAAAAAAAUGUUAAACUAUUAAAAUAGGUUCAGGAAGGUUUUGAAAUGUUUAAUAUUAUUGUCAAUAGUAUUGCUUGUCUUUGACAUACUUCAACAUGAAUAUUUUUAUAGAUGGCCAAAAGGAA